GUGGCCACGCACCAAUAAGCAACAGGAGGCGGCCGCGGUGUUGUUACGGCGGCUGCUGUGGGUCACGCGUGUCGUUCCGCGAAGCCUCCGGACGGGCCAGCAUGGAGGCUGGGGAGCGCACGGAGGCUGCGGGCUCCGCGGCGGAGGCCGGGCCGCUGUACACGCUGGAGGAGGUGGGGAAGCGGAACUCCAGCCGCGAGGCCUGGAUGGUGAUCCACGGGCGCGUCUAUGAUGUCACCCGCUUCCUGGAGGAGCAUCCAGGUGGAGAAGAAGUUUUGAUCGAACAAGCAGGCAGAGAUGCCACUGAGAGCUUUGAAGAUGUUGGGCAUUCCACAGACGCCAGGGAGAUGCUCAAGCAGUACUACAUUGGGGAGGUCCACCCGCAUGAUCGCAAAACAGAAGGUUCUAAGAAUCCAAGUAUGACAUCCUCAGGCCAAACAAGUUUCUGGUCGACAUGGCUAAUCCCCAUCUUCGGAGCCCUGGUCCUAGGGUUAAUGUAUCGCUAUUACUCGUUGGAUGGGAGAAGCUCUUGAGCUGCCCUUGCUGGGCCCUCAGGAAGCCUGACAGGGUGUGAGAGAGAGCGCGUGUGCAACCCGGGUGUGCAGCUUCCCCCAACUUCUGCCUCGCUUUUGGCUUUGAGUCUGUCGAGUGAUGCUGAUAUCCAUGGGACCAAGCUAAUACUCUGUCCUAACUCUGGGACCCACGGACCUGCCGUACUUUCUCUUGCAGUGGCAGAGCAAGUGCGACUUCCCGGUGUUCUCUGACAUUUGAUUGUGGUCUCCCUUGCCCCUGUGCUCGCGCUCUCUCUCCCGCUCUCUCUUGCUCUCUGCAGUAAAUCACAGACAACCUUUUUCUUUCAAUGCCUUUUCAUUAAGCCAGACAACGUGAAAGAGCUGGUAGUAAGCCUGUGGAUUUGCGUCGGUCCUUCACAUAGCAGUGGCAGAAAUAACCAGCGAGUUGUCUGCAGUCCUGCCCAGAAAAGUUGUCCGGAGAUGUGGCUCUGCAGUAACGUUCCCAGUGCAUGCAGGCAACACUAACCGGAGCAGCAGAAAAUUGUUAGCUUUGCUACCUCUUUCUGUGUGUCUGUUUUUAACGGUUAAACAAAUAUAAGUAUUUUAAAAGUGAUUCCGUUCAUUUUGUAAUAUUUGUACUUGUCCCUUUAAAAUGUAUAUUCUGUGAAAUAAUUUAUACCUUGAA